CUGCUCACUGAUGUGGUCUAAGUGCCGAAAUGAAUGAUUGUGUGAUUCUGUUAGUAAGUUGAUGAGUCGAAGGAGCGCGUAGAUGCCACCGUGUCGCGCGUUUGUUGGCGCGUCGCUUGCGCUGGGGAGCAGUGCUGUGACGGUUGCACCAGCGGCCGAACGUAUUGCAGAUUUGCGGCACAAAGUAGCGCUUUUAGCAGAUCAUUGGAAAGUUUAUGACCACUGUGAUUUGAUCGUGCAGAAAAUAUAAUUCUGUCAUCAUGUAUUGCAUUGCAAUUCCGGAGCUGUAGAGAAAAAUCUCUACUUAGGAUGCGUCUCCUGAGCGUGAGAUUCGUUUUAGUAUAAACAUAUGCUAAGUCGAGUGGUGUUUCGACAUGAUCCUUUGUAUCAUCUGCACUUGUUGAAACUUUGUUCUUGGACGUAAAAGUUUUCGCCUCACCGAGUCUAAAAUGCGCUUCCGCGUCACAGGAGAGCACACACAUCUUCCUCUUCGUCAUCGGAACAAGAGGGUAAGCAAACGCUAGUUCAGCAGCCUGUAGCUCAGCCGCCCGCAGUUCAGCAGGACGCCAUUCAGGAGAAUGAGCAUGCAGGGCAGUUGGAAAGGCAACAAUCAGGUGCAGGUGAACAGCAUGCAGUUCUCGUGCCGACCAGUGACGCAGUACAAGACGACUCCUUGACAAAACAGGACGGACCGCGCACGGUGG